GGGUGACGUUUCUACGCUUCAAGCGGGUUAGCAUGUGAGUCAACAACCAGUUGAACCAACCACUUCUCGCCAAACGCUUUCGUGUCAGGCGAGAAACAAAAACCUGCAUGCUGUGCGCUGUCGUACGGUAGGACUUUUUAUUUAUUUUCUGUUAUUUUCUUGGCAGUGACGCAGGCUGCCCAACGACAUAUCGACAAAUGGAAUUGCAUGACAAGAAGCGCCCCGCCGGGGACGCCGCCACCGUGCUGGACGUGACGGAAGCCGUGGCAUCAGGCGAGCACUUAGCCAUACUGCAGAGCCACCUGCCCUACUCCUUCCCCGUCCUACGGCGGCUACAGUUCUCCCGGGCGGCUGGCGGAAGCAGCUCCACAGCCAAGGUACUGCUGGUUACGUCGGGCGACAGUCCACACCUGGCCGUCGCCUAUGUCGACGUGCACAAGGCCCCCGAAACGCAAAUGUGGAUAUACUCGAGUCUGGAGGACAGCUGCGGCCGCGGCGGGCAGGAUCCUCCGGAGAUCUCAUUGCCGAGCUCCGAGGUGGACGUCUGCCUCGAGCAGGUCCUGUCGAUUCUGAAGCGAGCCGGCGAGGUGUUGCGUGAAUCAGGGCCGGGUCUUGGAGCGGUCGGGGUGGACGGUGUUGCUCGGACCGGCGGCAUUAUGGUGGGAACGCUCCACGAGGCCCUGCGGCUUCUCCUCCUGGACAAAGGGGUUACCAUGUCGUAUAGCAAUCCUCACUACAAGUGGCUGUUCAGGGUGGAAGACCUGCCGAUGGGUCUCGCGUCCCCAUUGACGGAUGAUAUGGCCUGGGAUACUAUACGUAGAGAAGAUGUGCCGCUGAUCAAGCGGAGGACCAAUAUCCCAAAGACUGAAUCCACCCUUCUCACCUUGCCCAGUCUGGGCAUACGCUUAAAAGACAGUGACAUUCUUAUUGCCUGGUCUUUUCUAGGGGUCGACGGAUCACUAUCCACCCUGCAUUGCGAGGAGCCGUACCGUGGACGUGGAAUAGCCAAGGCGAUGGCGACCAAGCUCAUUACAGCACACAAUGGCGGUUUCGGAAGCGACGGCUGGUGCUCGGCCGAUGUGCAUGUUGAUAAUAGGCAAAGUGCAGGAGUCUGUAGGAGCAUAGGUGGGAAGAUGGGAUGGCGUGUCUCUUGGUCCGUGAUUGAUAUAGACAGCCUCUAAGCUAUUGCUGCCAAUCCGGUAUAUACUGCGUAUUAAAGGCUUUUCCGAUCCCCUGAGCAAGAAUACUAGAACUAGCCUAGUCUUUGGUUUGUCUGUGGAUCUCCUGCAGAUAAAACUUCAGGUCGUCCGGGUUGACGAGCGGUGUAAUUCCUAGCAAUGAUUUAGUCUUUAGCCAGCAAUACCAAGAGGAAAGAAAGCACUUACCGUGGCCCAGGUUUACUAUCCAGCCCUUCUUCUUCUCCUUCCAGUCAAAUCCUUCAACCAUGUCCUUGACAGCAGCUGUAAUGGCAUCCUUAGUGCCGUAGAGCACUCCAGGGUCGGCGUUGCCCUGCAGGACGAUUUCCCGAUCUCCUCGGACCUGGUUGGCCUUGGCAGGACUGUAGAGCCAAUCGAGCCCAACGACGUUGUAACCCAUGGCGCAGCAAUCCUCCAGGGCGAACCAGGCACCCUUGGGGAAAACAAUCAUUGGGACGGGAUCCAGACUCAGCUCCUUGAGCCUUUUCGGGAGGUUUUCCGAAAUAUAGCGCAGGUAAGGAGCAGAAAACUGC